UUCAGGUCCCCACAUUUCCACCACUGCGUCGCCGCCACCAGCUGCCGCCUGCGCCCUCCCCUUCUCUUCAUUAGAGCUCCGAAAGCAGCCGAGGUAGCUGACUGGUCGCCGCGUCCGCCCUCUCCCCGCGCAGCAGCAGAGCACCACCGAUCGAGCGAGCAAUGGAGGCGGGGGGCGUGGGCCUGGCGCUGCAGACGCGGGUGGCGGGCUUCGGCACCGGCCGGCGCCGGGGCGGGCUGCAGUCGCCGAUCGGGAGCUUGAGGGUCACUGACCCGGCGGGAGCAGCGGUCGCCGUGCGGGCUCGCGGGUCCAAGCCCGUCGCCCCGCUCCGCGCGAAGAAAUCGUCCGGAGGUCAUGAAAACUUGCAUAACUCCGUCGACGAAGCACUUCUGUUGAAGAGAAAAUCAGAAGAAGUUUUGUUCUACUUGAACGGGAGGUGUAUUUACUUAGUAGGAAUGAUGGGUUCUGGAAAAAGUACCGUGGGGAAGAUUAUGUCUGAAGUCUUGGGUUAUUCGUUCUUUGAUAGUGACAAAUUGGUGGAGCAAGCUGUGGGAAUGCCUUCAGUUGCCCAAAUAUUCAAGGUUCAUAGUGAAGCCUUCUUCAGGGACAAUGAGAGUAGUGUCUUGAGGGAUCUGUCCUCAAUGCGGAGAUUAGUUGUAGCCACUGGAGGCGGUGCUGUUAUCCGACCAGUUAACUGGAAAUAUAUGAAGAAGGGCCUAUCUGUUUGGUUAGAUGUGCCCUUGGACGCUCUUGCUAGGCGUAUUGCUAAAGUUGGAACUGCCUCUCGUCCUCUUCUGGAUCAACCAUCUGGUGAUCCAUACACAAUGGCCUUUUCUAAGCUCAGCAUGCUCGCAGAGCAAAGGGGUGAUGCUUAUGCAAAUGCGGAUGUAAGAGUUUCUCUAGAAGAGAUUGCGUCUAAACAGGGUCAUGAUGAUGUCUCUAAGCUGACACCAACUGAUAUUGCUAUUGAGUCACUUCAUAAGAUCGAGAGCUUCGUCAUCGAGCACACCGCUGACAACGCAGCUGGUGACUCGCAAGCCGAAUCGCAGGUCCAAAGGAUACAGACCUUGUAGAAUUUGACCCUUUUUGUUGUACCUCGUAGUGUACCACCACCUAGAGCAUCGUGAGCUAUUUAUUCAUUGCAGUGCCAUCAAAAGGGUAAGAAAGAGACCUGAAGCCUCUCUUUGUUGUAAGUUGUAAAUGAAUGGAAUAAGGAAGUGCCGUUAGCCGAAACAUCACCAUCUCCAGUCC